CUUCGGCACAAUAUUCUGUUCGCACACAGAGAACAUGCAGCAUUGUGAAAAUCACAUUGUUGCACAAUAUCCAAGGGCUUAGAGACGAAAAAUAACGGAGCGAAUAAUCUGCACAUCGUCAUCGGCGUACUAUAGCCUACGUUAGGAUCCUAGAAGCGAUCACCGAGAAUCCAUGUAAAUGACCAUAUUUAAGCAGAAUACUGUUCAUUUACUGCAACUGUCUGCAGAAAUUGACAUUCAAUUAUGAAGGUGAAAUGGUUGUCGUUAUUUAUAAAAGUCGCAUUGCCCGACUUCUAAGAUUAAAAGAAGACGAAUGGUUAUGCUUCGCAAGCCAGCUGUGAGGUUUUGUUGCCAAGGCAACACAGACACCCACACUACAGUGUACGGCUCACCCUUGCUGAGCAGGCACAUUGGUCAAGACCCACAUAAAGCGACUGAACAACAAAAGAAAGAAAGAGUAAGCGAAGGUCACCCUGUGAAUCAAGAAGAGUGGCUGUAGAAACCAGGAGCUGAAUUUCAUCAUGACUCUGAUCCUAAUGUGCCGUACUCACCCAGACUAAAGGGACUUCUUUGGCAGCCAGCUGGCAGAGAUAAAGCUCACAUAGGUGGUCCAGCAACAGCAACCCGGAGAUUAUAGAUUUGGAGAUUAAGAAACAACAGCAGGUCAGGGCACACUGAAAUCUGAGUUCCCACUUCACCAAAUCAGAGCGGUCUUUGGAAAAUUGGCUUCGACCAGCACGCAUUUGCAUGUACUUCUUGCAGGUCAAACUACUCGGAUCCUUAUUUUGUGCUCAAACUUUUUUAUCAUCUUUUGUUGAUGUACCUCCAGCACUCCAAAUGCUCCUUAUCUCCACACCUGCAAGCAACUUCCCAUGAAGACAAUGUAAACGGAUGACAGUUGAUUAUGUCCCUGUGCUUGUGUACUUCCCCCACAAAAUGUUUAUAAGUGCAGUUCACAUUAGCUUUGUGAGGAAACACCACCCCUUUCCUUCAGUGACCGCAGUGUUACAUCUCGGCUAGACGAAGCGUGAACGCAGCCAAACAGGAUUACAGAGUCACACUCAGACAAACCUCGACACAUACAGGACCGUUAUGGAACAGACACGGAUGACAGCCGUGCUUGUCUGGCACUGAGAUGUCAAAACCACAGUGGGGACUAACUGUCAUUGCUUGGAAAGCAGAGCUGAUCAUAGAGACAGGUUUUUAGAGAGAAAAGACUGGUGUGUGUUUGAUCUGUGGCUGUGUGGAUCGAUCCGAGGCAUGUGGAAAGGGAAAACUGGAGUAGAUUCCGUAGCAUAGCACGAGGAGAGCCAAAACAGAGAGCCACGGACACACACGUGGACUUACAAACGGAGUGAUCAGAGAUCUGGAAUUUCACUGACAUGCAAUUUUGAGAGAUUCAUAGAAAAUAAACAUUUGUUUUUUCUUCUGAAGCCUUUUUUGUGCAGCUUGGACACGGUGGCAGGGGCAGGUUCAUGGCAGUGGGGCGGACGCAUGCCGUCUGUGCCUCCGCAGCGAGAGGGACGUUUGGGCUUCAGCUGGGGAUGGGCUACAUGGGCACGGACUCAAAGGACAGGGGAGUUGAGACCCUGGUUACCCGUCGGACCAGGAACUAUGGCUGCAGCUGCGGGAGAACGCGGUGCACGGGCGGGCUCGGGGGGCAUGCGAUGCUCUCUGCGUGUAUGUGUGAUCUUGGGGUCCCUGGCAAUCCUCUUUCUCACCUCGCUUUUCUACUCUUACUCGGUAAAAGGAGCCGGACUGCCUUACCUGGAUCCCUCAGCAUGGGAAGAUCCACACAGAGUUAAGCUUGUUCCUAGCUACGCCGGUUCCCAGCGGACGAUCCCUGCCGAGAGCACUCAACAGAAGACAUGUGCCUGUGCUCGGUGUGUGGGUGACCCGGGUGUCUCUGACUGGUUCGAUGAGAACUAUGAUGCAGACAUCUCACCCGUGUGGACACGGGACAACAUCCAGCUGCCUUCAGAUGUGUACUACUGGUGGGUGAUGUUGCAGCCUCAAUUCAAACCCCACAAUAUCCAGCAAGUUCUGCAGAGGCUGUUUCAGGUCAUUCCAGGCCGUUCCCCGUAUGGUUCAUGGGACCCUGCCCGAUGCCUGCGCUGUGCUGUGGUGGGGAACUCGGGCAACCUCCGUGGUGCAAGUUAUGGUAAAACGAUUGAUGACCACAACUUCAUCAUGAGGAUAAACCUGGCUCCCACUGUCGGCUAUGAAGAGGAUGCAGGCAGUCGUACAACGCACCACUUCAUGUACCCAGAGAGUGCCAAGAACCUGGCGGCCAACGUUAGCUUUGUGCUGGUGCCCUUCAAAACUCUCGACUUAUUGUGGAUCACCAGCGCCCUCUCCACCGGACAAAUCCGCUUUACUUACGCUCCUGUAAAGCAGUUCCUGCGUGUUGACAAAGACAAGGUUCAGAUCUUCAACCCUGCUUUUUUUAAAUACAUCCAUGACCGGUGGACACGACAUCAUGGUCGCUAUCCAUCCACUGGCAUGCUGGUCUUAUUCUUCGCACUGCAUGUGUGUGAUGAGGUGAAUGUAUUUGGUUUCGGUGCGGACAGCCGGGGAAACUGGCACCAUUAUUGGGAGCAAAACCGCUAUUCUGGAGAGUUUCGUAAAACAGGUGUCCACGACGCAGACUACGAAGCCCAGAUCAUCGACAAGCUGACCAAGGCUGGCAAGAUCUCUGUGUUUCCUGGAAAGUGAAUCUGGGCACCAUGUGCAAAGACAUUCCCCUACCGAUAAACAAAACCACCCAUUAUCAACCUGACACACUUUCUGUGCCUGUUAACAGUGAUCGAGAAGUAACGUCUCGUGAUUUUAUCACCAUUCUUGGAUGUCCUGACUGGAUAGGAUUCUGGGCAGCACCCCCUUCCCACAAUGUGGUGGUUUUGAGAGGCGAUGCUUUAAACUGUGCUGUUCUUUGCAGGCCUACCUCAACCAGGAUAAGGAACUUGUCUUGCGAACAAUGUCUAAAUUUCCUUACCACUACAGGGCAUGUAGGGAAAAUGUGCUGGGAAUGGAAAAACUUGUAUUUAUGAGAUUUGUUGAAUGCUGAUGAUGCAGGAAUUUAAAUGUGAAUCAGCCGGUCCAACAUGUUCUUGAUGGGUUAAACCAACAGUAGUAUCCAUAAUAUACUCUAGUAGUACUCCGUGAUUCAUUACAACUUAAAGCUUGGACACUGUGGAUCGUUCACUAUGGUAUAUAGCGCUCUGCGUCAGUUACAUUUUGUACGUCACCAGGCGCAUGUGGUUGCGUGAAAGUUUACACGUUCGUACUGUAAAAGCAAGCUUUUUUGUUUUAUCAUAUAUUUUAAGGCUUGAGUGUUUAUAAAGCAUUCUUGCCAUGAAUCAAUGUGUGCAAUCCAUGUAUUUUCAUUUAGAUGUUUUUGCAAAUGCAAGAGAGAGGAAAAUGAGAGAGGAAGGCAGCCUAUUUUAAAUAGCAGGAGUUUAAGUGAACUGAAUCCAUUGACGCAGUCCAUUGUGAAUAUUGUGUAUAAACUCGGAGCGACAUUCAUCAAGCUGUGGUAAAGGUUUUAGAGGUGCAUAGAGUUUAAAUAUUGAUCUUCAGCCAACCACCAUCUUAAAACAAAUGUAACCAUGUUUAUAUGCUGCCAUCAAGGGUUUAGUGAUGGAAAUGAAAUAAAGUCCAAAUGCCAAAAUCAUUGGAUGUUGAAAAGUGGAACAUCAGUAACUUUGAUCAACAUGCUAGCGGUGUUUAUUGUAAAAAUUCACCAUCAAAGUAUUUUUUGGCAUUUCUGCACUAAGGUUUUGGCUUCUCUUGUAUAAUUUAUUACCUUUAUAAGUGUUAAAGACAGUAUGAAGAGUAAGCAGAAUGAGCUUUCUGCUUUGGCCCAGUCCUUAUUUUUUCACCUUCAGGUGCACUAGUUUUUUCAAAUGCAGACAUAUCAGCUAUUUCGGUGUGUAAAUGCUCACACACACAAACACACAUGCUUGCGUGCCUUGUCCUUGGUUUUGGACACCAUCUCGUUCCAGAGCACAGCUAACCUCAAACUGGUGUUUCUUUCUCCUUUAGUCGUCUUAUGAGCAUUUAUUGACAUACAUUCACACAAAUCUGGGCUUUAAAAUAGGGCACCCACCAGCUGUUCUCCAUCCACACGUGCUCUGGAAACAUUCACAGCUUUUCCUCACCCUCUCAUCCGUUUUACUUUGCGCUAAGCCGAGUGCCGUGCCUUUGCCAUCAGAUGUCUCUCGUUGAUUUAAAAGCUACCUACUUGUGUUUGCCGUCGCUUCUGGAGUCUCAUUAAAGAUGUUAAAACAGACCUGUGGCACAUGAUGGGCCUGAUAGCCUUUUGAUUUUUAUAAGCUGUCGAUGUAAUUGUCUUUUUGCCUAUAUAUAUAUACUGGAUAAUGGUGAUAUGUGCACCUGUAGUGGCUUUAUUAUAUUGAAGCCUAAGGGAUUACUUCACAGUAAAAUAUUCUAGUAUUACAAAUGUAUAGCAUAACUGCCCUCUGAUAUAAACACCCUCAGAAAAAGGUACAGAGGUUUUCACUGGGACGGUACCUUUUAAAAAUGUCAUGUGUACCUCUUAUGGUACCAAUAUGCACAUUUUAAGUACAAUAGUGUACAUUUUGAAAAGGUCCCAAUGACAACUUUCCUUUUCUUUCUGAUUGUGUAGCAUAUUCCUUGGGAAUAUUGAGAGCCGUUUGUCGCCAAAGAGUUUUAUCCUAUUAAUACGGUUUUAGGCAUUUAUGUAUUAAUCAGAAAAUUUGAGGAAAGCAAAAUAAGCUGGAUUUUGAAGUUUUUUUUUAGAUAUUAUUAUUUUUUGAAUUACAAGGAUAUCUUAACCAGUAUUGACUAAUUACAGAUAGUUCUAGUUAGCUGAUGCAGUGCCACAAGAUAACCAUACCUAGUUUAAUAUUUAGGAAAAUCUUGAACAAUUAAUUUAGGGAUUAAACUUUCUGAAAACCUUUCACCCAGUCCUUGUAUGAUAAUGAGAAUUAAGAGGUUUUUGUAGUUUUGAAUACUUUGUGGGAUUAGAGGAAUGUAUUUUAGAGAUGUUAAAUAUUAAAUGAAUGCAAACUUUAAUGCUUCAUUUUUCUGCUGCUCUUUAUUUUCGCUAAUCUGAAACCUUCAGCAUCCAGAGAGUGAAAAUUUCUUUUACAUGUAAAAUUGGAGACAAAAUUGACAGGAUUUUCAUAAAAUGGCAGUGAAGGGUACAAACAUGUCCUAUUUGAGUCCACUAUCAAUCUUGAACCUAUUUUGUUUGCGAUAAAUCCUUCAAUCUGACUCCUUCAACACAGACUGUACAUAUCCUCACUGUGCCACUGUGUUUGCUCUCAUUAAUGUCACAUUCGUGUUGAUUAUAGUGACGUUUGGGUCUGUGUUCUUUUCACAUCCUCAGUCUCUGUGUAAUUAUGAACUGUUUUUAAUCUUUAUUCUACUGUACUUAAUAAACUGUAAAAGGUUUGUCCCGUUGUGUGACUUCUUGACUGUUUUAAAGGGGACAUAUCAUGAAAUCUGACUUUUUCGAUGUUUAUGUGCUAUAAUUGGGUCCCCAGUGCUUCUAUAAUAUAAAAUGUGAAAAAGAUCAACCCAGUAAGU